CAUCAUUUUUUAAACAGGUUCACUCCGUCAACAGAACAGUCACGCCACAGAAGGUCGUCGUGACCGACGCGCCGCCAUGUCCAAGAAGCGGGAUCGCCAAGCCGUCUCGAAUCGCCGGAAAAACCAAGUCGUCUCUUCCGAUCGGCCAGACAUCGUCCAUAAUUCCUCCUCUGACCGGAGGCUCAUCAUCAUUUUCGUUGUCUUCUUUGUCAUUUCUCCCGCCAUUUCCGUUCUCGUCUAUCACAAAUACACGUCAAAUGGUGAAUUUUCUGGCGCAUCUGUAUUCGAACGGGGCCUCGUCAAGACUGAUAUCAGCUAUCAAGAAAUUCUAGCUGAGCAUUCGAAUGUCGCAGCAAAUGUCUCUCACCGUCAUUAUGAUUAUCCUUCACUUGCUUAUAUUACUCCGUGGAACUCCAAGGGAUAUGAUAUGGCAAAAAAGUUCAACUCCAAGUUUACACAUUUAUCACCAGUGUGGUAUGAUUUGAAGAGUCAUGGUUCCCACAUAGUGUUGGAGGGAAGACACAAUGCUGAUGAAGAAUGGAUCUCAGAGCUAAGACUGACUGGAGAUGCACUGGUAUUGCCCAGAGUGGCUGUUGAAGCAUCUCCUGCAGAUCUGCUUAGAAAGAAGAAGCUGAAAGACAAAGCUAUCAAUCUAAUUGUAACAGAAUGCAAGGAAAUGGGUUAUGAUGGUAUUGUGUUAGAAUCCUGGUCAAGGUGGGUUACUCAUGGGAUAUUGCAUGACCCAGACAUGAGGAAUUUGGCACUGCAAUUUAUAAAGCAGCUUGGAAAUGCCCUGCAUUCGGAGAUUGAGAGUACGAGAUCUAAGCAACCGUUGCAACUUGUGUAUGUCAUUGGUCCACCCCAUUCAGAGACCUUAGAAGAUCAUGAAUUUGGGCCAGAAGAUAUGCAGAGCCUGACUGGUGCUGUGGAUGGUUUCUCACUUAUGACCUAUGAUUACUCCGGUCCUCAUAACCCAGGCCCCAAUGCUCCAGUGAAUUGGAUUCGUUCAACUUUACGGCUAAUCCUCGGUACUAAGGACAUUAGCCUUGUUCAACACAAGGCUAGCAAGAUAUUUCUUGGAAUCAACUUCUAUGGCUAUGAUUUCAGCCUUUCUGGAGGAGGUGGAGCUAUCACUGGAAGAGAUUAUGUAUCAUUGUUGGAGAAGUACGAGCCUGUGGUGCAGUGGGAGGAUAUCAGUUCCGAACAUUUCUUCUUGUACGCUGAUUACAAUCGGAACAAGCAUGCAGUUUUUUAUCCAUCACUGAAAUCAAUCUUCAUACGUCUUGAGGAAGCUCGAUCCUUUGGCACCGGUAUCUCCAUAUGGGAAAUCGGGCAAGGUUUGGAUUACUUUUUUGAUCUUCUGUGAAAAAUCUCAAAUUUGCAGGGUUUCUUUACCUGCUUUUGAGCAACCACCAUGAGGUUUUGUUCACUUUUCCAUUCUUGUGGUGCUUCAAUUGAUUUAUGGCUGAUGCAAAACUAUGUACUGAUUGGUUCUUCAUGCUAAAAAAGAGCUGAGUAGUGAGCCAAUGUGUAAGCUAGAAGAUAGGAUCGUGAACGGAUUCAUCACAGGUUUGGGUGACCUCAAUCUUCUUUACCCACCAGAAACGAGAAUCAUUCACGUUUUGAUGUAGUUGUUGAGAUGGUAGAGUUGUUUUUAUUGUUCUAGAAUAAAUUGUUGGGAACUAUUAUAAUUAUCAAUCCAGAUAGUUCUUUGGCUUUCA